GGAGGGUAGAGGAGGCGGUGGGGAGGGCAGGGGCUGCCGACCCUAUUUACACAGAGCCUGGGGCCCUCGGGUCAGCGGAAGUUCAAAGCUUAGGCUUUCACGUGUCUUGGUUGCGGGGACGGGUGACCGCCACCCCUUCCUCCCAGUGACUUGCCCAUCCUCCCCAGGUUUCAGUCCUCAAGAGGCCUCUGCGUCUUGGAUCUUCGCCCCGUUCCAGGACGUGUGGCCUGUGACGCUGCGGUCCAAGGGGCUGGGGCGCGCGCGGGGCCUGAGCAGCGGCAGCUACCGCCUGUGCCUGGGCUCCGGGGCCCUGAGCCUCCUGCGGAAGCCGGGGAGCAGGGCCUCCAGAGACAGCCGGGUGUCGCCGCCGCCCGCGCUGCGCCUGUCGCUGCUCAGCGUGCGCCGCUGCGGCCACGCGGACUCCUUCUUCUUCCUGGAGCUCGGCCGCUGCGCGCCCACGGGGCCCGGGGAGCUGUGGCUGCAGGCGCCCGACGCCGUGGUGGCGCAGAGCAUCCACGAGACCGUGCUGGCCGCCAUGAAGCGGCUGGGCAGCGGCGCGGCGG